AUGUCGGAUCAGGUUCUCUACGUUGCUGUUCUCGUAGGCUUGCUCCUACUAUACAGACUUGCAAACUCAACAGACAAGCCCAAGAUCAAGGGCAUCCCCGAAAUUCCUGGCGUGCCAAUCUUUGGAAAUCUAUUCCAACUUGGAACCGAUCAUGCUCGGGUUGCGCGAAAAUGGGUUGCAAAGUACGGUCCUGUCUUUCAAACCCGUCUCGGCAGCAAGCGAGUCAUCUAUGUCAAUUCUUAUGAUGCUGUCAAGCAUUUCUGGAUCACCCACCAGUCGGCGCUCAUCUCACGCCCCAUGUUCCACACGUUCCACUCAGUAGUUUCAACCUCUCAGGGAUUCACAAUCGGCACUUCUCCCUGGGACGAGUCGUGCAAGGCCCGUCGAAAGGCUGCUGCAACUGCUCUCAACCGCCCUGCCACCCAGUCUUACAUGCCAAUUCUUGACCUCGAGUCUUACGUUAGCAUCAAAGAACUCUUGGAUGAUUGCGAGAAUGGAAAAAAAGAUUUGGAUCCUUCCCCUUACUUUGCUCGGUUCGCCCUCAACACAUCUCUGACUCUUAACUAUGGAUAUCGCAUCAACGGGGAUGUGAACAGUGAGUUGUUGCACGAAAUUACCCAUGUGGAGCGGGAAAUUUCCAACUUCAGGUCCACAAGCAAUAACUGGCAAGACUACGUGCCUUUGCUACGAUUAUGGGGAGCACAGAACUCAUCAGCUGGAGAAUUCCGAGCCAGACGCGACAAAUAUCUCAGCGACAUGUUGAGCCAUCUCAAAGCCCGUAUUGCAGAGGGAACAGACAAGCCUUGCAUCACUGGAAACAUCUUGAAGGACCCGGAAACAAAGCUGAAUGAAGGCAAGAAAAUCACUCAUCAAAUUAAAUCAAAAACUAACAAUUGUUCAGCUGAAAUCAAAUCUAUCUGUCUCACUAUGGUCUCUGCUGGUUUGGAUACAGUCCCCGGUAACCUCGUCAUGGGUAUCGCAUAUCUCGCGACACCACACGGCCAGGAGAUCCAAGCCAAGGCACUGGAAGAGAUCCACAAGGUUUACCCUAACGGCGAAGCAUGGGAGCGAUGUCUCGUGGAAGAAAAGGUCCCCUAUAUCACAGCCCUCGUUAAGGAGAUCCUCAGAUUCUGGACGGUUAUCCCGAUUUGUUUGCCGCGAGUCAACAUCAAGGACAUCCCGUACAAGGGUGCUGUAAUCCCUGCAGGAACAACAUUCUUCAUGAAUGCAUACGCCGCAGACAAUGAUGAGGCACGAUUCACAAAGCCUUUUGAAUUUAACCCUGACCGAUAUAUGGAUGAUAAAGAAGUCGGAACACCACAUUACGCCUAUGGAGCCGGAUCACGAAUGUGCGCGGGUUCUCAUCUGGCCAACCGCGAACUUUACACAGCAUUCAUCCGCCUUAUCACCGCUUUCGAGAUGGUUCCUCCGAAAGAUAAGAAGGACGAGGCAAUCAUGGACUCGAUUGAAUGCAAUGCGGUGCCUACUUCACUCACCACAGACCCGAAGCCAUUCAAGGUCGGCUUUAGAGCCCGAUCUGAAUCGAAAUUGAGGGAGUGGAUAGCAGCUGCUGAUGAGCGAACCAAGGAAUUGAGAUAA